UUCCCGCUAAUAUAUAAAUUCGGCCACCAUACGGACUCGAUAAUCAAGAUGGUGGCGCCCGAGGGACACUCAAAAGCGCUAGGAGGCCGACCUAUUUGUUUGACGCUACGCUGUUUUAUUGGGCAUGCGCAAUAGGACUACGGUGCCUGGGAGGUGGUACCAGUAGCGGAAGUAGUUGUGGGCGCCUUUGCAACCGCCGCGGACGCUGCCGAGGUGUUUGUGCUUAUUCGCGGGACUCCAGCUGGAGUGUGAGAGUGAGCUGGCAGUGGGGAUAUGGAAGGAGAUGGUUCAGACCCAGAGCAUCCAGAUGCUGGGGAGGACAGCAAGUCAGAGAAUGGGGAGAAUGCACCCAUCUAUUGCAUCUGCCGAAAACCAGAUAUCAACUGUUUCAUGAUCGGGUGUGACAGCUGUAAUGAGUGGUUCCAUGGGGACUGCAUCCGGAUCACUGAGAAGAUGGCCAAGGCCAUUCGAGAAUGGUACUGUCGGGAGUGCCGAGAGAAGGACCCUAAGCUGGAGAUUCGCUAUCGGCACAAAAAGUCACGGGAGCGGGAUGGCAAUGAACGGGACAGCAGUGAGCCCCGGGAUGAGGGUGGAGGGCGCAAGAGGCCUGUCCCAGAUCCAGACCUGCAGCGCCGGGCAGGGUCAGGGACAGGGGUUGGGGCCAUGCUUGCUCGGGGCUCUGCUUCACCCCAUAAAUCCUCUCCACAGCCCUUGGUGGCAACACCUAGUCAGCAUCACCAGCAGCAACAGCAGAUCAAAAGGUCAGCCCGCAUGUGUGGUGAAUGUGAGGCAUGCCGACGCACAGAGGACUGUGGCAACUGUGACUUCUGUCGUGACAUGAAGAAGUUUGGGGGCCCCAACAAGAUCCGGCAGAAGUGCCGGCUACGCCAGUGCCAGCUACGGGCCCGGGAAUCGUACAAGUACUUCCCUUCCUCGCUCUCGCCGGUGACGCCCUCAGAGUCCUUGCCAAGGCCCCGCCGGCCACCGCCCACUCAACAGCAGCCACAGCCAUCACAGAAGCUAGGGCGCAUGCGUGAAGAUGAGGGGGCAGUGGCAUCAUCUACCAUCAAGGAACCACCUGAAGCUACAGCCACACCUGAGCCACUCUCAGAUGAGGACCUAACCCUGGAUCCUGAUCUGUAUCAAGAUUUCUGUGCAGGAGCCUUUGAUGACCACGGCCUGCCCUGGAUGAGUGACACAGAAGAGUCUCCGUUCCUGGACCCUGCACUUCGGAAGAGGGCAGUGAAAGUGAAGCAUGUAAAGCGUCGGGAGAAGAAGUCUGAGAAGAAGGUGAUGCAGAGGAAAGAGGAGAGAUAUAAGCGGCAUCGGCAGAAGCAGAAACACAAGGAUAAAUGGAAACACCCAGAGAGGGCUGAUGCCAAGGACCCUGCCUCACUACCACAGUGCCUGGGGCCUGGCUGUGUGCAUGCUGCUCAGCCAGGCUCCAAGUAUUGCUCAGAUGAUUGUGGCAUGAAGCUGGCAGCCAACCGAAUCUACGAGAUCCUGCCCCAGCGCAUCCAACAGUGGCAGCAGAGCCCCUGCAUUGCUGAAGAACAUGGCAAGAAGCUGCUAGAACGCAUUCGCCGUGAGCAGCAGAGUGCCCGUACCCGCCUUCAGGAAAUGGAGCGCAGGUUCCAUGAACUUGAGGCCAUCAUCCUGCGUGCCAAGCAGCAGGCUGUGCGCGAGGAUGAGGAGAGCAACGAGAAUGACAGUGAUGACACAGACUUGCAGAUCUUCUGUGUCUCUUGUGGGCACCCCAUCAACCCCCGUGUUGCCUUGCGCCACAUGGAGCGCUGCUAUGCCAAGUAUGAAAGCCAGACGUCCUUUGGGUCCAUGUACCCCACACGCAUUGAAGGGGCCACACGACUCUUCUGUGAUGUCUAUAAUCCUCAGAGCAAAACAUACUGUAAGCGGCUCCAGGUGCUAUGCCCCGAGCACUCACGGGACCCCAAAGUGCCAGCUGAUGAAGUAUGUGGGUGCCCCCUUGUACGAGACGUCUUUGAGCUCACCGGUGACUUCUGCCGCCUGCCCAAGCGCCAGUGCAAUCGCCAUUACUGCUGGGAGAAGUUGCGGCGUGCUGAAGUGGACUUGGAGCGUGUUCGGGUGUGGUACAAGCUGGACGAGUUAUUUGAGCAGGAGCGCAAUGUACGGACAGCCAUGACAAACCGGGCAGGGCUACUGGCUCUGAUGCUGCACCAAACGAUCCAACAUGACCCACUCACUACCGACCUGCGCUCCAGUGCUGACCGCUGAUCCUCACCAGCCCAGAGCCCCUCAUACCCUGCAUUCCAGUUGGGGGAGUGGCCCCAAGUCCCCCUUUUGUUCCUACUUUCUCUGUGCCCAUCACCUUUUGACUGCCCAUUUGCCCUUACAAAAGGUUCUCAGAAUUUUCCUCAGUAUCCCUCUUUCUCCAUUCUCUGUGCCUGGGUGGGACUGUGAAGUCUACUUACCCUUGCCUUCCUGCUGCCCUGUGUUUUGUUAAUAAAAUUUUGAAGAACCAA